AUGGCUUUCUCCAUUCUGAAACUGUCCUUUCUUCUCUGCACAAUCUUCAUCUCUUCCACAUCCGCUCUUAGAUCUCCUUCCACUACUUCUCUAAAAACCAACUUUUCUUCCAUAACAAAUUUCUGCAAGAGCACACCAUACCCAGAUGCCUGUUUUGACUCAUUGGAACUCUCUAUAUCAAUAAACAUCGGUCCAGAUAUCCUCAAAUUUUUACUUCAAACCCUCCAAAAUGCUAUAUCUGAAGCUGGAAAGCUUGGAAAUAUUUUUAACAGUGCAGGAGGCUCGAAGCUUGUUGAGAAACAGAGAGGAACAAUCCAAGACUGCAAAGAACUUCACCAAAUCACAUUAAAUUCUUUACAAAAAUCAGUGUCGAAAAUCCGUUCAUCCGGUCCAAGAAAACUAGCCGAUGCAAACGCCUAUCUCAGUGCAGCUUUAACCAACGAAAACACUUGCUUAGAAGGCCUUGAUUCUGCUUCAGGUCCAUUGAAGCCAGUUCUUGUGAACUCUGUAGAAAAUACUUACAAGCAUGUUAGUAACUCUUUGUCAAUGCUUUCCAAGCCGGGUCCUAAUAAGAAGGGCAACAAAAAUCGCCGCCUUUUGGGGUUUCCGAGCUGGUUGUCGAGAAAAGAUCGACGGAUUCUGCAGAGCUCCGGCGACGCAUAUGACCCGGACGAAGUACUAACGGUGGCUGCUGAUGGAACAGGAAACUUCACUACCAUCACUGAGGCCAUAAAUUUUGCCCCAAAUAAUAGUUAUGAUCGAACAAUCAUCUAUAUCAAACAAGGGGUUUAUGUAGAGAAUGUAGACAUUCCAAGCUACAAGACUAAUAUUGUUCUGCUCGGAGAAGAUCGUGACUCAACUUUGAUUACUGGUAACAGAAGUGUCGUUGAUGGAUGGACCACUUUCAGAUCUGCAACUAUUGCCGUUUCUGGGGAGGCAUUUCUAGCCCGCGACUUAACAAUUGAGAAUAGUGCCGGACCGGAGAAGCAUCAAGCGGUGGCCUUAAGAGUAAAUGCAGAUUUUGCAGCAUUUUAUAGAUGUCGCAUCUACAGUUACCAAGACACAUUAUAUGUGCAUUCAUUUCGCCAAUUUUAUCGAGAGUGUGACAUAUACGGUACCAUAGAUUACAUAUUUGGUAAUGCCGCAGUGGUCUUCCAGGCGUCAAACAUUGUAUCUAGAAUGCCGAUGCCAAGCCAAUUCACAGUUAUUACAGCUCAAUCUCGAGACAGCCAAGAUGAAGAUACAGGAAUUUCAUUUCAAAAUUGUUCAAUUUUAGCCACGGAUGAACUCUACUCAAAUUCCAGCACUGUUAAAAGCUACUUGGGUAGGCCCUGGAGAGUGUAUUCAAGGACAGUGUUUCUGGAAUCCUACAUUGAUGAUUUUAUCGACCCGACUGGGUGGACUGAGUGGUCUGGCGAUCAAGGUUUAGACACAUUGUUCUAUGGCGAAUACGAUAACUGUGGCCCUGGUUCAGGAACUGAAAAUCGAGUCACUUGGCCGGGGUUUCAUGUGAUGGACUAUUAUGAUGCAUAUAAUUUCACAGUAUCCGAGUUCAUCACUGGUCAAGACUGGCUGGAUUCCACUUCAUUCCCUUAUGAUGAUGGGAUUUAACCAUUAAAUUAUCUUCUGUAAAACCCUUUUCUUCUCACU